AUGGACGUGACACCUUCGAUGCCGACCAUGGGGCCCCCGAUUCUCAGUAGCCCGGUUGGUGAUCGCAAUGGCACAAACGGGGACGUCGAAAGCGCGACGAAUGGGAACGCUUCCACGGCGAUUGGCGCUGCCGCUGCAGCUCAACAGCCGAAGGUUGUCCAAACUGCAUUCAUCCACAAGCUAUACAACAUGCUUGAGGACCAGGGUAUCCAGCACCUAAUCUCAUGGUCGAACACUAACGAAAGUUUUGUCAUGUCACCUUCCAGCGAAUUCUCAAAAGUCUUAUCAUCAUAUUUCAAACAUACCAAUAUUUCUUCUUUCGUUCGCCAACUUAACAUGUAUGGUUUCCAUAAAGUGAGCGAUGUCUUUCAUACCGGCUCGCCAGACUCGCCACUCUGGGAAUUCAAGCAUGGAAACGGAAGCUUCAAACGAGGAGAUCUGGUCGGAUUGCGAGAGAUCAAACGACGCGCCUCAAGACAUGCUCUUAUUCACCGAGAUUCUUUUUCUGCAGGUCCGAAGGUUCCCACAGGCCCACCCGCCGGGGUUCCGGUGGAGCCCAUGCCCGACCCAGUCGAAUCAAGACUGGGUAUGCUUGAACAUGGAUAUUACGAAAUGACCAAUCGCAUGAAUCGCGCCGAAGACAGCUAUGCAUAUCUCAACCAGAAGUAUCAAGUUGUCAUGGAGGGCCUAAUUAAAUGUCACCAGUGGAAUCACGAACUCACGAACUAUAUCAUGGCAAUGGUUCACGAUCCGGAGAAUCAAAUAUACAAAGAUGUAUCGGCAAUGCAGCGAGAGAUUGCAAAACAAUCAGAAAUGCUCCGCGCGAUUGAGGAACCAGGGGAGCCCCUCUCAGCACGGCCACCUUAUUUCAUGCAAAUUGAUAAUGCGCCACCACUUUCCCCGCGCCAAAUGCCUCAGGACGACCACCGAAGAGCAUCACUCGCCGCCAAUUCUCGCCAAGCACCUUUCAGGCCUCCCGUACCAGCACAUCUGGCCAUAUCGCCCCGCCGCUAUGGUUCGAUAGGAACAGGCACCUAUUCUCCGUCGUCCGCGAGAACUCCAGUGCACCAACCCCCGCCGCCACCACCGCCCCCAAUCCAACAUCCAGCUUCAUCUAGUUCUUCAUCUCCACCAUACAAUCUGUACAGGCGACACACAUCAGCCGACAUCCGAUUACACGGCUGGCAAGCACCUCCACCACCACCAACUCACUCACCGUAUGCCUCCGGUCAGAACUCGUCCCAAUGGCCGUCAUCGCCGCACCGGACCCCUAUCAGCGGUGGCGACCAGCAGAUCCGGGAUGCACUAGCACAGUACGAACUGCCCCGCAACCCUCGCCCGCAAGGUUCUCGCCAGGCAACCCCUCCGCUUGGGAACGAUGCAGGGCCCUCUAACCUUAGCGCUGAGAGCGGCUGGUCGCUUCCCGGGCGCGCAUAUCCAUUCAAAGGCAUCGAUGUCUCUGGCCCACCAACACGACGCUCAAGUAUGGCCAGCAACGUCCACUCUUUGCUGAACCCGGCCGAGACUGCCGAAAGGGCCGACGAGGACGAGCAAGACCCCGAUGCUAGGAAACGGAAGCGGAUGCAAUGACGCCUGCCUUUAUCGGCCUUGAGAUUAGAGGCUGUACUUGUACGAUGAUUUUCGCACUUAAAUUUUCACUUCGUCGGAUUUUCGCAGUGUCACGAUUGUGCUUCAGCAGUUCUUCAUACCUUAACUCGUUUUAAAAAAAAGGAUCAUGUCGCUAUUGGAUUUUCAAUGAGCUGGAUGGAGGUUAAUCUGAGACAUUUCCAAAUAUUGGGUCGGAUGUGGCUCUCACCUUCGCAUUUUUCCGUCCUUUAACAUUUUUUAAUUAUUGCUAUCGUUUUCCAACGAUGCUCGCUUGGUUGGACAGUUGAUAUGGGUUUGGGCGGAAUGUAAUGGAGUUUUCCUGGCUCAAUAUUUGCGAAUGGAGCGGAUAGCGGUGUGGCAUGCUUUUUGGCUGUGGUUUUCUGCUUGGAUUGGGACAGAUAAGAUCGGC